AUGAUAACUGCCAGCCGAGCCACAGCUGCCCGUCUUGUCCACUCCCCAGCCUCCCAGAGUUCCAUGGCCACCCACCACCAGGAUGGCUGGAAUGGCCUUAGUCACAAGGCUUUUAGAAUUAUUUCAAGGCGGGACUACACAUCAGAAGCAAUCAAGGGAGCAGUUGUUGGUAUUGAUUUGGGUAACAACUCCUGUGUGGCAGUUAUGGAAGGUAAACAAGCAAAGGUGCUGGAGAAUGCCGAAGGUGCCAGAACCACCCCUUCAGUUGUGGCCUUUACAGCAGAUGGUGAGUGUCUUGUUGGUAUGCCAGCCAAGAGACGCGUCACCAACCCAAAUAACACAUUCUAUGCCACCAAGCUUCUUAUUGGCCGGCGAUAUGAUGACCCUGAAGUACAGAAAGAUAUUAAAAAUGUUCCCUUUAAAAUUGUUCGUGCCUCCAAUGGUGAUGCCUGGGUUGAAGCUCAUGGAAAACUCUAUUCUCCAAGUCAAAUUGGAGCAUUUGUGUUGAUGAAGAUGAAGGAGAUUGCAGAAAAUUACUUGGGACAUACAGCAAAAAAUGCUGUGAUCACAGUCCCAGCUUAUUUCAAUGACUCUCAGAGACAGGCCACUAAGGAUACUGGUCAGAUAUCUGGACUAAAUGUUCUUCGAGUGAUUAAUGAACCCACAGCUACUGCUCUGGCCUCUGGUCUAGACAAAUCAGAAGAUAAAAUCAUUGCUGUAUAUGAUUUAGGUGGUGGAACCUUUGAUAUUUUUAUUCUGGAAAUUCAAAAAGGAGUGUUUGAGGUAAAAUCCACCAAUGGAGAUACUUUCUUAGGUGGUGAAGACUUUGACCAGGCCUUGCUACAACACAUUGUGAAGGAGUUCAAGACAGACACAGGGGUUGAUUUGACCAAAGACAAUAUGGUGCUUCAGAGGGUGUGGGAAGCUGCUGAGAAGGCCAAGUGUGAACUCUCUUCAUCUGUACAGACUGACAUCAACUUGCCAUAUCUUACAAUGGGCGCUUCUGGACCCAACAAGCAUCUGAACAUGAAGCUGAUCCGGGCUCAGUUUGAGGGGAUUGUCAGUGAACUAAUCCGGAGAACUAUUGCCCCAUGCCAGAAAGCCACGCAAGAUGCAGAAGUCAGCAAGAGCGACAUAGGAGAAGUGAUUCUUGUUGGUGGCAUGACCAGGAUGCCCAAGGUUCAGCAGACAGUGCAGGAUCUUUUUGGCUGAGCCCCAAGUAAAGCUGUCAAUCCUGAUGAGGCUGUGGCCACUGGAGCUGCCAUCCAAGGAGGUGUGUUGGCUGGUGAUGUCACAGAUGUAUUGCUUCUGGAUGUCACUCCCCUGUCUCUGGGUAUUGAGACUUUGGGAGGUGUCUUUACUAAACUUAUUAACAGGAACACCACUAUUCCAACCAAGAAGAGCCAGGAAUUCUCUACAGCUGCUGAUGGACAGACACAAGUGGAGAUUAAAGUCUGUCAGGGUGAGAGAGAAAUGGCUGGAGACAACAAACUUCUUGGACAGUUUACUUUGAUUGGAAUUCCCCCAGCCCCUCCUGGAGUCCCUCAGAUUGAAGUUACAUUUGACAUUGAUAUCAAUGGGAUCGUUCAUGUUUCUGACAAAGAUAAGGGCACAGGAUGGGAGCAGCAGAUUGUUAUCCAGUCUUCUGGUGGGUUAAGCAAAGAUGAUAUUGAAAAUAUGGUUAAAAAUGCAGAGAAGUACGCUGAGGAAGAUCGGAGAAAGAAGGAACGAGUCAAAGCAGUUAAUAUGUCCGAAGGAAUCAUUCAUGACACAGAAACCAAGAUGGAAGAAUUCAAGAAUCAACUGCCUGCAGAUGAGUGCAACAAGCUAAAAGAAGAGAUUUCCAAGAUGCAGGAGCUCCUGGCUCGGAAAGAUAGUGAAAUAGGAGAAAACAUGAGACAGGCAGCAUCCUCCCUUCAGCAGGCAUCAUUGAAGCUCUUCGAAAUGGCAUACAAACAGAUGGCAUCUGAACGAGAAGGCUCUGGAAGUUCUGGCUCUGGGGAACAAAAGGAAGAUCAAAAGGAAGAGAAACAAUAG